AUGUACGCAUGUACAUGCUACAUGAAGCUUCAUUAUCCAUUUGAUCCCAGCGCUUGCUCCAGCAGCAUACCUCAUAACAGAGCGAACAUUAAGCGUUGUGCAAUUGAUUGGAUUCAUUAA